AUGAAAAUUAACUCUGAAUUAAUAUAGGGAUCACAUCAUUUUAUUAAUCCAUUAAAUGAAAGACAGCUUGAUCUACGAGGUAUUAGUCUAUAUAUUAAAUACCUUAGCGAAGAAAAUUACAGCCAUAGAAAAUUUAGGAGCUACAUUGGUAUCAAGAUUCUUUUAUGUAGGAUUUUUUUGAUCACAUUGAUUUAGGGGAUAAUGAUAUCAAAAAGCUAGGAAAUCUUACUCUCUUAAAGAGGUAUGCUGUAUUAGUUUAUCCUAAGACUUAAGACUUUAAAUUUAUCGAACAAUAGAAUCACUAUAUUGACAAAUAUAUCUGAUUCACUACCCAAUAUUGAAAAUUUGAUCUUGAUGAAUAAUAGGUUAACUGAUUUCAAAGAAUUGUAUCAAUUGAGAUAUUGCAAAAAACUCAAAAGAUUGAUCUUACAUGGAAAUCUUAUAACUUAAUAACCUGAUUAUAGAUAUAAAGUAAUUGCUAUUUUACCUAAUUUAAAAAUUCUUGAUUUCAAUAAAGUUACUCAAUCAGUAAUUAAAUUAUUAAACUCAAAUUAGGAAAGACAAAAAGCUGAGGAAUCCUUCAAAUCUGACGAGUUGACUGAUUAUAUGAAUUUGAUUAAUUUGAAAGAUGCUACUCUAGAUAAGGAACACAUCAAAAAGUUAUUAGAGAAUGCCAAGACAUUUGAUUAAAUUAACUAAUUAGAAAUGUUGCUUAAGUAAUAAUAGGUUAAACAUUUAUCUAUUCUUAAUGAGUAAUGA